AUGCGGCCGUUGAAAGAAGCGGAGUAUAACGAGCUUGUUAACAAAUUAUUGAAAUACAUUAAGGAUGUAAAUGUUUUACUGGAACGUGGUUCAGAAAAAUACAAUUUUUACUAUCAUAGAGAGCGCGUCUUUUACUGCAGAGAGGAUUUAGCGAAACGCGCUGCAAAUGUCACUAGGAAAAAUCUCUUAAGCUUUGGCACCUGUUUCGGGAAGUUUACUAAAACUAGGAAAUUCCGCUUGCAUAUUACAGCUCUUCCAUAUAUUUCACCUUAUGCGAAACAUCGUAUUUGGCUGAAGCCAAAUGCCGAGCAAUCAUUCCUUUAUGGUAAUCAUAUUAUUAAGUCAGGAUCGGCUCGAAUUUCCGACGAUACUCCUCAAUACGCUGGUGUCGUUGUAAUGAAUAUGGCUGAUAUUCCUUUGGGCUUUGGCGUUGCAGCAAAGUCUACAACACAGAUAAAGAAUACAGAUCCAAUGACUAUUGUUGGAUUUCAUCAAGCCGAUAUUGGUGAGUAUAUCCGAAGCGAAGAUACCAUCGUCUAA